AUGGAGGCCGGAGAGGAAAAGGAGCACGUUCUGAAACAAAGGCAAGUCCUGAUAUUCUUUGUUUUGCUGGGCAUAGCUCAGGCUGUUUCCGAGCCUAUGCACUAUUCAGUGGCCGAGGAAACAGAGAGUGGCUCUUUUGUGGCCAAUUUGUUAAAAGACCUGGGGCUGAAGAUAGAUGAGCUAGCUAUACGGGGGGCCCGGGUCAUUUCCAAAGGGAAAAAAAUGAGUUUGCAGCUCGAUAGGCAGACCGGGGAUUUGUUGUUAAAUGAGAAACUGGAUCGGGAGGAGCUGUGUGGCCCCACCGAGCCCUGUGUGCUACCUUUCCAGGUGUUAUUGGAAAAUCCUUUGCAAUUUUUUCAGGCCGAACUAUGGAUUAGGGACAUAAAUGAUCAUUCCCCAGUUUUCCUAGACAAUGAAAUAAUAUUGAAAAUUUCAGAGAGUAUCACCCCCGGAACCACUUUCCUAAUAGAACGUGCCCAAGACUUAGAUGUAGGAAGCAACAGUCUCCAAAAUUACACAAUCAGCCCCAAUUUCUACUUCCAUCUUAAAUUACAAGACAGUCCCGAUGGCAUAAUAUUACCACGGCUGGUGCUGGAUAAAGCUCUGGAUCGCGAGGAACAGCCUGAGAUCAGUUUAACCCUCACGGCUCUGGAUGGCGGGAUUCCACCCAGGUCUGGCACCGCCCUAAUCCUCAUUGAAGUCUUGGACAUCAAUGACAACGCCCCCGAGUUUGCAAAACUACUCUAUGAGGUGCAGGUCCCGGAGAACAGCCCCGUUGAAUCCCAGGUUGCCACAGUCUCUGCUAGAGAUUUAGACAUUGGAGCCUAUGGACAAAUAUCUUAUGUAUUUUCCCAAGCCUCAGAAGACAUUCGCAAAACGUUUCGAAUAAAUGCAAAAUCGGGAGAGCUCUUUUUAAAACGGAAACUGGAUUUUGAAUCUGUUCAGUCUUACACAGUAAAUAUUCAGGCGACAGAUGGUGGGGGUCUUUCUGGAAGUUGUGUGCUGUUUAUCCAAGUGGUGGAUUUGAAUGACAACCCUCCGGAAUUGACUAUAUCCACACUUAUCAAUCAUAUCUCGGAAAACUUGCAGGAGACCAUAAUUGCUGUAUUCAGUGUUUCAGAUCCUGACUCGGGAGACAACGGAAGGAUGGUUUGCUCCAUCCAAGAUGAUCUUCCUUUCUUCCUCAAACCCUCUGUUGAGAAUUUUUACACUCUUGUGACAAACACAGCCCUGGACCGGGAAUCCAGAUCUGAGUAUAAUGUCACCAUCACCGUCACCGACUUGGGGACGCCCAGGCUCAAAACCGAGCACAGCAUAACCGUGCAGGUGUCCGACGUCAACGACAACGCCCCUGCCUUCACACAAAGCUCCUACACCCUGUUCGUCCGCGAGAACAACAGCCCCGCCCUGCACAUCGGCAGCGUCAGCGCCACAGACAGAGACUCGGGCACCAACGCCCAGGUCACCUACUCGCUGCUGCCGACCCACGACCCGCACCUGGCCCUCGCCUCCCUGGUGUCCAUCAACGCGGACAGCGGACACCUGUUCGCCCUGCGGUCGCUGGACUACGAGGCCCUGCGGGCGUUCGAGUUCCGCGUGGGCGCGGCAGACAGAGGCUCCCCCGCGCUGAGCAGCGACGCGCUGGUGCGCGUGGUGCUGGUGGACGACAACGACAACGCGCCCUUCGUGCUGUACCCGCUGCAGAACGGCUCUGCGCCCUGCACCGAGCUGCUGCCCAGGCAGGCCGAGGCGGGCUCCCUGGUGACCAAGGUGGUGGCGGUGGACGGCGACUCGGGCCAGAACGCCUGGCUGUCGUACCAGCUGCUCAAGGCCACGGAGCCCGGGCUGUUCGGCGUGUGGGCGCACAACGGCGAGGUGCGCACGGCCCGGCUGCUGAGCGAGCGCGACGCGGCCAGGCACAGACUGCUGGUGCUGGUCAAGGACAAUGGCGAGCCGCCGCUGUCGGCCACCGUCACGCUGCACGUGCUGCUGGUGGACGGCUUCUCCCAGCCCUACCUGCCGCUGCCGGAAGCGGCGCCGGAGCGGGCGCAGGCCGACUCGCUCACCGUCUACUUGGUCAUCGCGCUGGCCUCGGUCACCUCGCUCUUCCUGUUCUCGGUGCUCCUGUUGGUGGCGGUGCGGCUGUGCAGGAGGCGCAGGGCGGCCUCGGAGGGCCGCUGCUCGGUGCCUGGGGGCCGCUUUCCGGGCCACCUGGUGGACGUCAGCGGUACGGGGACCCUGUCCCAGAGCUACCAGUAUGAGGUGUGUCUGAUGGGAGGCUCAGGGACAAAUGAGUUCAAGUUCCUGAAGCCGAUUAUUCCCAGCUUUCUUACUCAGGGGAUGGAGAGGGUUAGUGAGGCAACCCCCAGUUUCGGGAAUAGCUUUGAAUUCAGUUAA